AGCUAUAGCCCACUUCUAUACUGCCCGGCGCUGCUGCUUAUAUGCAUAUAUAUUCUCAUCCCUUGCCUCAUUCCAAGCGCUUGGCUUUGCUUUGGUAGGUCUGCUCGCUCAGCGCGCGUACCAGCUUGUCUCUUCUUCCUCGUCGCCUUAAAAGGGUCUCUGCGCUUAGCAGUGCGCUUUUCACUUCACAGCUUCACUUCUCAGAGACUUCAGAGAGGGAGAGAGAGAGAAACCGUGGUGAGUGAGAUAGAGAUAGAGAGAGAGGAGAGGAUGGGGAGGAAGCUAGGGCUGGACAGGGUGAUGGACUGCUUCUCGCUCUCCGUGUGCGCCAACGCUUGCGUCUGCGUGCACGCGGUGGAGGACGAGGACGAGGAGAACGAGGGGAAGGCCCUGGUGAGCGCUCAGCUGGACGAGCUGCUCAAGCUCAAGGACUUCGGCGGUGGGGCUAAGACUCUUGCUUUCCAUCUAGAGCCAAAGACGGUGGAGCUGAGGGUGUCUAUGCACUGCUACGGAUGCGCCAGGAAAGUUCAGAAGCACAUCUCCAAGAUGGAAGGUGUGUCGUCGUUUGAGGUGGAUUUGGAGAAGAAGAAGGUGGUCGUGACGGGGGACGUGACGCCCUACGAGGUGCUGCAGAGCGUCUCCAAGGUGAUGAAGUUUGCGGAGCUGUUGGUGGCCCCCAACUCCCCGACUCCGAGUAGAUAGACGAUGAUGAUGAUAAGCUGAUAGGGUGGGUGUGACACAUUUCACUUGAUAAAAUCAAAUAUAUUUGCCAUGAUUCUCACGCAAGGCACGCGUACGUAGCAGCACACGCAACCAUGGCAAGGAAGAAACUAUUGGAAGUUUGUAACUAGGGGGCCAAGGAAGAAGAGCGUGCUUGGGUCUAAUUGGUUGAUCUAUCUACUCAAAAGGAAAAAAAAAACAGCCCGUCCAUACAUGCAGCAUGCUUUAGGGCGCGUUUGAUUACCUGCAUCGUUUUUUGCCACUUUGCAUACUUGUCCCAGUUGGACCUAACAGAGCAUAUGCAGAGAAAAAACCAAUAUCUGCAUGUUGAUUGGUUGCCUGCA